GGGUCCAACUUAAAUUUAAAGGGGUAUUAUCCACCCACAUAACAAGGGAAACAAAGUUGCUUCCAAAUAUAAGGUUCUGUUUUAGCUUCAACUUAAUUACUUGUCGCCACCAUCCCACGCCACCUACACUGGCACUAAGAUGCCAAACUUACCCAAAUUAAAGUGGAUCAUAGUAACUAAAAUAUGAAACCCCAAUCCCACCACCACCAGCAAAGUGGGGAAUUUAAUAAGACGCGGUUCGAGUUCACCCUUCUUAGAAUAAAUAACACGCAUCAAUAUUAAUGGAGAAAAGACAGGACUGAAUAAGUCAAGGUUAUUUAACGGUCAGGUUCCAUACCCAUACCCAGCCAGCCACAGUACCUUGCAGAAUAUAGCCGUUAAAAGUCAAGUCUUGCGUCGAACACGGACUAGUUGUUUUUCAACCCAAAUACAAAACAACUAACGUUGUUAUACCCAAAAAUAACUUCUUACUCUGCUUACACAAACUAGCCGUUGGGAUCCAACUAAACAUAGACACACUCUCUGCUCCAUAUUUUCCUCUACUCCAUACUCCCUCCAUCUUAAUAGUCUUCUUUCAUAAACCCUACAUUCUCUAUCUCUCUCUUUCUCCAUUGCUUUUCAAUAAAUUUUCUGUACUAAGUUGCAGUAAGAAAAAAGCAACCACCAGAAAAGCUGAGCCGGAGAGGUAAAAGAGAGAUUUCAUACACUUAUUUGCUCAGAUUUCUUUGUCCUUAGAAUCUGAACCCCUCAUUGGUUAUCAGUAUAGUUCAUGGAUGAUUGUAUUCAGUUGCGAUUUCGAUCUCGCAACUGCUCCAUGGAGUUCUUGCACUGUCAGCUUGAGGAGAAAGCUGAUUGGAGGUGGGGUUCAAAUAAGAAGAAAGAAAAAUGUUGGGGGCUACCCCUCCUCUUCUCUUGCCUUUUUCUGCUUCUGUUUACAAAUUGCCAGCUUGUUUCAGGCAAGACAUGGGAUGGGGUAGUUGUCACACAGUCCGACUAUCAAGCCUUAAAGGCCUUGAAACAUGAGUUCGUUGAUUCCAGGGGGAUCUUGAAGAGUUGGAAUGACAGUGGUGUUGGUGCUUGUUCUGGGUGGGCCGGAAUCAAGUGUGUCAAUGGGCAAGUCAUUGCUAUCCAGCUGCCUUGGAAGGGAUUGGGUGGCCGAAUUUCUGAAAAAAUUGGCCAACUUCAAGCCCUUCGGCGCCUUAGCCUCCACGACAACGUUCUUGUUGGCCCUGUGCCAACAUCUCUCGGCUUCCUUCCCAAUCUCAGAGGCGUUUAUCUUUUCAAUAACCGGCUUUCUGGCUCUAUACCUCCUUCAAUUGGUAACUGCCUUCUUCUUCAGACACUUGAUCUUAGCAAUAAUCAGCUUACUGGUAUCAUUCCCCCAAGUCUUGCUAACUCUACCAGAUUGUAUAGACUUAAUUUGAGCUACAAUGGCAUUUCAGGGCCAAUCCCUGUAAGCCUAUCCAACUCCCCCUCUCUCACUUUUCUUGCUCUUCAACACAAUAAUCUCUCUGGUUCUGUUCCUGAUACAUGGGGGGGCAGUAAAUCAGUUGAUCGUUCUUAUCAGCUUCAGUCUGUGGCCCUUGACCAUAACUUUCUUUCUGGAAACAUUCCAGCUUCUUUAAGCAAACUCACUAUGCUUGAAGAGCUAACCCUGAGUCAAAACCAAAUUAAAGGGAAUAUCCCUGAAGAAUUAGGUAGUCUCUCAAGGUUGAAAUCCAUUGAUUUAUCAAACAAUGCCAUAAAUGGAAGCUUUCCUGAACGUCUUUCCAAGCUCUCCUCUUUGGUGACUAUAAAUCUAGAAAACAACUAUCUUGAUGGCCAGAUCCCGGAAUCGAUUGGACAACUACGCAAUCUCUCAACGCUAGACUUGAGCAAUAACAAAUUCCAAGGCCAAAUUCCAGGCGUCAUUGGCAAUAUCACCAGUAUCACUAUUCUUGAUUUAUCAGAGAACAAUCUUACUGGGGAAAUUCCAAUCUCCCUGGUCAAUCUACAAAAUCUCUUGUCUUUUGAUGUUUCCUUCAAUAAUCUUUCCGGUGCCGUCCCAUCUGUUCUAGCCAGGAAAUUCAACUCAAGCUCCUUCACUGGUAAUGUUCAGCUAUGUGGAUAUUCGAGCUCAACGCCGUGUCCUGCCCCGGAACCUGGAAAUAAUCUACCUUCUCCUUCGCAAGGGGCACCUAAGCAUCAUCAUCGAAAAUUGAGUACCAAAGACAUUAUUCUCAUAGCAGCUGGUGCCCUUCUUGUUGUUUUACUGAUUCUAUGCUGUGUAUUGCUCUGCUGCUUGAUCAGAAGGAAGGCAUCUUCAAAAGCUAAAACUGCUAAAGCAGGAGGUCUCGCUUCCACUACCAGAGGUGCAAAGCCAGUUCCUGCUGCAGGGACUGAAGUCGUCGAGUCAGGGACUGAAACCGGAGGAAAGUUGGUCCAUUUUGAUGGCCCUUUUGUAUUUACAGCUGAUGAUUUGUUAUGUGCUACUGCAGAAAUAAUGGGAAAGAGCACUUAUGGAACUUGCUAUAAGGCAACAUUGGAAGAUAAUAAUCAAGUUGCGGUGAAGAGGCUAAGGGAGAAGAUCACCAAGGCCCAAAAGGAAUUUGAAUUGGAGGUUUCUGAACUUGGGAAGAUUCGACAUCCUAAUAUCUUGGCCCUGAGAGCUUAUUAUUUGGGACCGAAAGGCGAGAAGCUUCUUGUCUAUGAUUAUAUGCCUAAUGGAAGUCUUGCAUCCUUCCUUCAUGCUCGAGGACCUGAAACUAUCAUUCCUUGGCCAACAAGAAUGACCAUAACUAUUGGAAUAACACAAGGACUAUGCUAUCUCCACAAUGAAGAAAAAAUUGUGCAUGGGAAUCUCACGUCGAGCAAUAUCCUACUCGAUGAACACAACAAUCCCAAAAUAGCUGAUGUCGGCCUCUCGCGGCUCAUGACAAGUACUGCCAGCGCCAAUGUAAUCGCGACAGCAGGCACAAUGGGGUAUCGAGCGCCAGAGUUUUCAAAACUGAAGAACGCAAGCACCAAGGCUGAUGUUUUCAGCCUUGGGGUGAUAAUAUUGGAGCUCUUAACAGGAAAAUCCCCAUCUGAGGCGACAGAUGGCCUCGACCUGCCGCAGUGGGUGGCAUCGAUCGUAAAGGAGGAAUGGACUAAUGAAGUGUUUGAUGUGGAGCUAAUGAGGGAUGCAUCUAACAUUGGUGAUGAAUUGCUUAAUACAUUGAAAUUAGCCCUCCAUUGUGUUGACCCUUCUCCUGCAGCUAGGCCUGAAGCUCAGCAAGUUCUCCAAAAACUUGAAGAGAUAAUAAAGCCAGAGCCUGGCGAUGUUUGCACAGAACCAGCUUCUGGGGAUGAUGGGGCAGCACCACCUCCAGCAAGCUGAAAGAUGAUGGAGUAUAAUAGUUGGUUCCUUUAUCUAUUCUUACAUUUCAUUAAUUCAUUUAUUUAUUGUUUGGUAAUACAGGUCUUUCUUUAUUCAUUACUUGUGUGUGGGUGUGUAUAUAUAUCAUAUUAUUCUUUUAGUCUAUAUAUAUUGAAGUUUGUACUGAGUUUUUUCCAUAUGUAAGAAGUCCAUGAAGAAUAAUUUUUGUUAAUGACAGGUAAAUUUUAAUAGAGCAAA